CAUAACGCCUUCAUUCAAAGAGUGUCAUCUAAAGCGAACGCAACUGACGCACGACCCUUGUCGUAGUAUAAAAGACUAAAAUACUCAAAUAUAUAUCCAGUAUAAGACGAAGCCGGUAUGCCGAAAACUGGUAGCAACCCGGUGUAUGAGAUGGACGUGGAUGAAGUCGUGAGCGUACCAGAUUGUACGAACAUGAAGAAUCCAACACAUGAGACAAACCAUACGUAUUCAAAUCACAAUCUGAAUGGAAAGACUGAACCUGUUUAUGAAUCGCCAAUGAGUUUGAGUGUAGCCGCUGCGACGCUAUCGCGGGAAAACUCCGAAAACCAAGGACGGCGAAUGAGAAUCAACCAUGUUUAUGAAGAAAGCAAAGACGGAACGUUGCCGAAAGGGCAAAACAACGAUUACGCUUACGUAUCUAACAGGGACUGCCUUGUGGCUCGUUCGUCUUCGGUUCUCGCGUACGACAAUCCCGUUAGCAGCGAUACGCACAACAGGGACAAGGGACACGAGUACGAGGAAAGUAAUCUCAAAAAUGCGCGCUUCAGCCAGAACGUGGUGUACGAACCACAGAAACAGCAUCCCAUAAAGAUCGAAGGCGUACGGAAUACGGGAGAAGGGAAGCCAAAGACAAACCGGAUGAAUCGGGUUCAGUUAUUUACUUUGCUUUUGAGCAUAUUAGCUUGUGUUCUUGGCGUAGUGGCGCUCCUCGUGGCUUCCAGCGUAGUACGGAUUAACAAUGUAAAAAAAGAGACGUUUAUCAAGCCGGAGCAAUUGAAGGGUGAAAGAUAUUCUGGAGAGCAAAGUCAGCAGCCGAAAAUGAGCGACGGGGAACUUGAAAAGAUAAAAGAACAGGUUAUAUCCUCAAAGAAAAAUUACACAGAACUCGAACAAAAGUACAAGGAGAUGGAGGACAAGGUAAAUUCUUUGCAGCAAAACAACGAGAGAUUGUCGAAUCAGUUCAGAGCCAAAUUGGAAAAUAUCACAUCAACCUUUAGGAGAGAGUUGAACCGAACAAAUUCAACGAUGAUUGCAACACAUCAACAACUAAACAACGUAAUUCAAACUAUGAACUCAACGUUCGAUAUCAAGUUGAGAAAUUUCAGCAAGGAACUGGGUCCUCGUGGGUUUAAUGGAUCCCAAGGAUUGCAGGGACUUAAAGGAGUUAAUGGUUCGACAGGUCCCCGGGGGCCACAGGGGUUACGGGGAUCACAGGGACCGCAGGGACCACAAGGGAUCCAGGGAGUUGGAUAUAUAUCCGCGUGUAACGUUACCAAAAAGACUUCUCAUACUACGUUUACGUCCGAUUCAGAUGCGUAUAGUACCGUUACAUAUAAACCUCCAACGGGCUGGAAAGUUAUUUCUGCCGUCUGUUCAACGAAAGAAGAUGGUGGAGCGCUUCAUACAGUCCUAGCAUUACUGGACGACGAAUACAGAUGCAAAUGUGCAGGACCAUCCAAAUAUGGAACUUUUGACGCUCUAGCUUCUAAAGAAUUAUACUGUAUUAUUUUCGCGUGGAUAUGCCCCAUAAUCACGUAAAAUCGAACAUUUCUGUGAGCGAUUCGAAUUUUACGUACAGUCAUAAAGUUUCAUUGACGUUGAAAAUGCUGAAAAUGCAAAAAUAAUUUCCCAUUUCCGCGAAAGGAAAGCUGAACAGUUUUGUAGCUAUUUCCAACGAUCUUUUUUUGAGUGGAAAAACAUGUGUUGCUUUUCGCUUCGCUUUAGAAACACUGAUCUCAAAAUAGACUGGAUGAGGCAUCACUGUGUUGCCCGUCGAGCCAGAAUCCUAAUAAGACCGCCAAAAAUAAAACAAUCACUUGAACUUG